AAACAGUGAUGUAAAAACUGGCUAUAUAUAGCGACCCUAAUUAGAUCCCAUUUUUCCACAUAGCUCAGACAAAGCAAAUUAUAUGUCUGCUCUUUCAGAAAAGUAUUUUAUCAUGAUGAAGAUCUUGCCAGCGCUCUUCAUUGCUUUCCUGUUGAUGUUAGCAGCUCUGCAAGCUGAUGCAGAAGUGCUCACCAACACGAAGCCUAAGGUGGCCAACCGUCAUCUAUUGAGUGAACCAUCAUCUCUCGGUCGAAAGGUAAGCGCUGGAGCUAAUGAUGCCGGGACGCCCACUUCAAACAACGGCAACAAUAACACGGAAACUAAAACUGGUAGUGGCGCUUCUGGUGACGGCGACGACGACGAAGAAACUAACCAAAGCUAUGGUAGAUAUGGAGGUGGGUCAUCUACUGAUACACACCACCAUUACACAAAUGAUACUAGACCACGUUAAGCCAGU